GGGCCGCCCUUCCCCGCACGCCCAGCCUCUCCGCGGAGGCGGCCAGAAAGGGCUCUUCUGCCUGCCGGAGGUCCCGGGGAGCUCUGAGUCAGCCGCUGGUGAGUCUUAGCGUGGUAAUCUCAAAGCAUUACAAUAGGAAAACUUGCAUAGUGUAAUUAGUCCUACAGUUUUUAGGGCAUGUAAAAGUCUUAAAAUUAAUUGGAACAAGCCGGAAACAAAGCAGUUCAAACAGAAGUGAGAAAGCUGGAAAAAGGCCUCUCAGCGCUUGUCUGCAAGAGCAGGCAUAAAAAACAGCGUAAAAAGCUGCGUUUCAGAGCCACACAACGCUGCAGAGAGAAGACAAUGUGAAUGGGCUGUAAGAACCAAACGAGAUGGAUGGAGAGCUGCCCUGUGCUGAGGUGGAUGGAGAACUGCCCUCUGCCACAGAGGAUGCGGGAGGAGAGGUGGCCUGUGCCAAGAGCGAUGCGGGAGGAGAGGUGGCUUGUGCUGAGAGCAAGGCAGAAGGGGAGGUGCCCAGCACUGAGAGCAAGGCAAAAGGAGAGAUGCCCGAUGCUGAGAGCUGUGGGGAAGGAGAGAUGCCCUGUGCUGAGCAUGCUGCUGAAGGAGACAUGCCCAGUGCUGACAGUGAUGUAAAAGGAAAGGCACCAUGCGCUGAGAGUGAUGCAAAACGAAAGCUGCCUUGUGCCGAGAGUGACGGGGAAGGAGAGACACCCAGUACUGAGAGCGAUACUGAAGGAGAGACACCCAGUGCUGAGAGCGAUGCAAAAGAAGAAGGACCUUGUGCUGAGAUCCCUGCUGCUCCAAAGAAAAUCUCUUCUAUUUCUUCUCCCUUGCGGGCGAUCAUCCGCCUUCGACGACAAUUCCGGAUGCAAAAGAAAAGUCGUCUGCAUUUAGAGCUCCCAAGAGAAAAAUCUUCAGAGCUGGUCCAAACGAGGCUGCUUCAAAGGCAGAUUUCCCUGAACCGAAAUAGCUUGUAUGGUUCUUCUAUGUCCUUCUUUAAUCAGAGCAGCUUUGAAAAUUCACAGUACUUCACCUUUGACACAUCUGUGGACCAAUAUGCUAUGAGUAAAUGCAGGCGGAAGAAGAAACGUAGGAAGUCUAGGAUAGUCCUGUAUCCAGAUAAAACAAAAAGAUAUCUUCCAACAGAGGAGAAGAGCAAUGCGAAACGCUGCCUUCUCUUGCUUAUUGUCAUUAUCUUCUUCCAGAUUCUAAAUGCUAUUGAGAACCUGGAUGAUAACCUCCAAAAAUAUGACCUAGAUGGGUUGGAGAAAACGAUGCACCGGGAAGUAUUUGGGCAGAAUGCUGCUGUAGAAAGUAUUAUGGAAUUGCUGAAAGACUAUCUGGCUACCCACAUACACAACAAGCCUCUGGUAAUCUCUUUAAAUGGUCCAGUAGGAGUGGGGAAGAGCCAUGUUGGCUGGCUGUUGGCCAAACAUUUUCGUUCUGUCAUGGACAAUGACUUCGUGCUUCAGUACUUUGUGAUGCAUCACUGUCCAAAUGGGGUAAGUGAUCUUACUUGCCAAAUAGAUUUGUCUAAGAAGAUUUCUGACAUGGUUACAAGAGCUGAAAUAGAAGAGAAGAUACCAUUGUUUAUUCUGGAUGAGGUUGAACUCAUGUCUCCAGUCCUGCUGGAUACUCUCAGCCAAUUCUUUGAACCCAAUCAAACCAAUGAGUUCCUCAAUGCCAUCUACAUUUUAAUAAGCAACAUAGGAGGCAGUGAAAUAACAAAGUUUGUCAUCCAGAAUGCAUCCACUGAGCUUCUGCAUCAGCAAAGGGGAAUUGAAGAACUGCUGAACAUCAUCCGGCCUUUACUGAUCCAUGUUCACCCUCUCUGGAAGUCUGCGGACAUUGUCCCAUUUGUUCUUCUGGAGAAGAGUCACGUCAUAAACUGCUUCCUAGAGGAGAUGAGGAGGGAAGGGCUGUAUCCUGACCAGAACCAUAUUGAAAACUUAGCCAGUCAGCUCAGUUACUACACGUUGGGAGACAAGCAGUACUCCAGAACGGGCUGCAAGCAGGUUGUGGCCAAAGUCAAUUUACUGUAGUGGUUUACUGCAGAGAUCAAAUCCUGCUCUCAGGACUAGCAGAAUUCUGGGCUUAGAGAGGAGUACGUUAUAGCAGACUGUGGUCAUGGUGUCCUUUCUCAGGCCAGCUCUAAUUCCGUCCCAGUGGACAUAUUGUAAGAGCAUUUGAGGUGAGGAGACAGCACCCCAGACUCCUCUACCGUGUGAGCUCUGUUCUCCCCAGGUGCAUCGCUUGUUCCUAAAGUUCUGUGAACGAGGCAUGGUCAACGAAGCCCAAGCAACCUCCCCUUAAUUUGGGGGUGCUUAGUCUGUUCCUCACAUGCUUGUUUGGGAUAUUUGUCAUGAAGGAUUUGUGAGAUGAAAACAGAUGCUGUGGAAUAAUAUAAACAGAAGGAGGAAAUAGUAACGCAUUUGGGUUUACUGUCUCAGCAGUACACAGAGCCUUAUAUCAUUACUUCUGUGGCCUCACUGUCUUCACCUCUUUCUUUACUUUGGUUGGUCCUGUUUGGUCUUGUGCAAGAUGGGUGGUUCUGCAGAGCAGAGGCAAUGCUGACAGCCAGGGGGACAUCUGGGAGGUCUGGAAGAAUCUGUGGUUCUUUUGUCACCCAAACGCCCUGGCAGUCAGAGCUCGGCAUCCUCCAGUUCCUGUGUGACCUCACUCCUGUGAAACUCUUUUGUGUCCUUGGAUUAGUUCCUAAGCUGUAGCUCUUCUGAGCUCAUACCUUAGCUCACCUUUGGCACCUUCAGUGAGAUUCCUGCUGUGCAAGUUUGUUUGAGCUUGCCUCGAGGCCUGCUUGGAUGGUGCCAGCUAGGGUACAAAUAACUGCCGGAUUGUUUAGGUCUGGCGGUGGCAACUUGUCCUAAGAGCUCUUCUGCUUUUUGCUUCUGGGUACACUUUACCACAUUCAUUAUCUAGAAAGCCCAAAAUAGCAACUGACAGAUAUCAAGCAAUACACACUGGAAAAGACAAUUUGGGCUGUCUGUGCCAAGUGCAGUGCAAAUCCUGGGCUUAUUCCCAGUCCUGCAAGGCCAAAAAGGUUCUUUACCAUCAAGACCCAGGGGAGAGCAGGUUGCCUAGAAGCACCUUUGAAAAAGCACAUGCCCUUGUUUUGAGCAGGCACACUGAGCAGUUAUUUAUGACAUUGCUUUGCAUCAGUUUUCUUUUCUUUUCUUUUCUUUCUUUUUUUUUUUUGUGCCUAUAUCCCCUUCUACAAUUUGCUGUGAACUACCAUACACAUAAAUCCUGUGGAUGUUUGCACUGGUUGUUUGAUUUGCCUCUUUCUAAUAAUGAGUCUCCAAGGACUUCCAUCACAAAAUCCUGCUUCUAGAGCUAUCGUGAGGAAUAAAUCCACAAAUAAAAUCUUUCAAAGUACA